AUGGCUAAACAUGUUGCAAUUAUAGGCGCAGGAAUCGCUGGUUUGACAGCAAUUAAACAAUGUCUAGACGAUGAUUUGAUUCCAAUUUGUUUUGAACAAAAUUCUUUUAUCGGUGGAAUAUGGAGAUAUGAAGAUGCUUGUGAAAAAAAUAACAAACCUUAUUCUUCAGUUUAUAAAGGUGUUUUAACUAAUACAUCUAAAGAAAUGACGACAUAUUCUGAUUUUCCAAUUCCAACAGAUUGGCCGACUUAUAUGAAUUAUUCACUAGUAGAAAAAUACAUCGAUAUGUACGCUGAAAAUUUCAAUCUUUUACCUCACAUUAAAUUGAAUACUACUGUGUUAAAAGUAUCAAUACUCCCUGAUAAACGGUGGAAAGUUAAAUAUAUAACCCAAAAUGAAAAUGAGGAAAAAGAAGAGAUUUUUGAUUUUGUAAUGGUUUGCUCUGGUCGUCAUCGCAAACCUAAAUGGCCUGAAUUUAAAGGAAUGAAUUUAUUUAAAGGUGAACAAUUGCAUUCUUAUAAGUAUAAACG